GCGGAAGUGUCUUUUGUUUUGACUCUCCUGUCAUGAAAUGAGCUCAAAAUAGCGUUUUUUUUCCCACAACAAUAUACGAUCAUAUUCAUCACGGGAAAGCACGAUAUAUACAGGCCAGGCAUGAGUCUAUUCGGGAAAUCUUCGGGUUAUGAAUAUCAGUGUCUGUCGCAGAGAGAGAGCGGUUAUGGUGAAACUCCUAGACUGUUUUCAUCUCAUUCUCCAUUCAAUAACAGUCAUCAUGAUCACAGAGGACAUUCUUUUGAUUAUGUGCCUAAAGUCCAUCAAAACGACUUCACAGAUAAAUCUCAAGGAUUGUUGUCUUGGCUUUGCAACUUGAUCGUGACAUUCUUGGUUUUCUUGCUUACCUUCGUAACUUUUCCCAUAUCUGGAUGGUUUGUUCUUAAGGUUGUACCAAACUAUGAGAGGGUUGUUCUGUUCCGCCUGGGCAGGAUCCGUCCUCCUAAAGGUCCAGGAGUAGUUCUAGUCCUGCCCUUCAUUGAUCAGUGGCAGAGAGUUGACCUGCGGACCAGAGCUUUCAACAUCCCUCCUUGCAAGGUAAGCACUAAAGAUGGUGGUCUUGUGUCGGUUGGAGCUGAUAUUCAGUUCCGGAUCUGGAGUCCAGUGAUGUCAGUGGUGGCAGUGCAGGAUCUGAACUCUUCCACUCGUCUCACGGCACAGAACGCCAUGAUGACCAGCCUGAGCAAGAAGAGCCUGAGGGAGAUCCAGACCGACAGACUCAAAUUGGGGGAACAUCUCGGGAUGGACAUGAAUGAAAUGACGAAGCCGUGGGGGCUGGAGGUGGACCGCGUGGAGCUGAUUCUGGAGGGUGUGCUCCGGGAACCAGACGGGGGUCACUCAGGACCCCUCAUUAUGCCUCCCUCUGUUCCGGGACUGGAAGGUCUCACUGGACCCAUACAGCAGCUCGCAAUGCAUUUUCUAAGCCAGACGACUGCAUCUCAGUGCACUCAAGAUACAGUGAGUUUCUCCGAUGAGCUGCAUGCGGAUUCGGCUGUGAGUAAUGUGAGCAGUGUGGACGGACUGAUAGAUGAGGUCAGAUCAGUUCUCUCAGAGGAGCUGGUUCAUCAGGUGGGAGCCUGUUUCCACUUCCACAUCACCACUGACUCUGGGCAGACCAGCAGCUACUAUGUGGACCUGACACAAGGUCGUGGAGCGUGUGGCGCAGGCGUCCUCCAGAGAGAUCCGGAUGUUUCUCUAUGCAUGAGUGAGCAGGAUCUGUUGGCCAUGUUUCAGGGAAGCCUGCAACCGUUUGCGGCCUACAGCAGCGGCAGACUGAGAGUGCAGGGAGCUCUGAACACCGCCAUGAAGCUCAACACACUCAUCAAACUUCUUAAGGCUACAUGACACUUUUCAUUUGCUGUGGUUUUAUUUAAUUCAAGGCUUUUAUAAAAUAUUUAUAUCAAGGUUUGCACUGUGAAUGUUUAAAUACUUGAGUUAUAUAUCAAAUUUAAGGGAUCGUUCACCCAAAAAAAUUGUAAAUUCAUCAUUUUCUUACCCUAAACUUGAAGAUGUUUUGAAGACUGUUAAAAAAAUCAGGGUAACACUUUAUUUUGAUGGUCCACUUGAGUAUUAGUAGACUGUCUGCUUAAUAUCUGUUGAUAUGCUCCUUCAACAGACCUUUACUGACUAUAAGAAACUUUGCAAGCACAUGCCAACUUAUACUAACCCUAACCUAAGAGUCUACUCAUAAUCUAAUGAGAAUUAGUUGGCAUGUAGAUGUAAUGUAGCUUAAUUUAACAUACGGACCAUCAAAAUAAAGUGUGACCGAAAUCAGUAGCUAUUAUCUUACUUAGUAUUUUCCUCCUAAUAUAAAUAUCAAUGUGUAUCAAUUUACAACAGUCUUUUAAUAUGUUAUUAAGUGAAGAAACUUAAACAACUUUGAAAACACUUGAGGGCGAGAAAAUGGUGAAUAAACAGUCAGUUUUGAUUGUGAAAGUGUACAAAGCAUUUCAUUUCCUUGUGUAUCAACGAUGUUUAUAAAAAUGUGAAGUUUUACAAGCAUUUUAAUUCAUCUAUGUACACAACGGCUUA